AAACAAACAUUACCGGGAAGGGGGCACAUUUUAUCACUUUUCAAUACCAAUCACAGAGUAAAAUUAAAUCAAGUAGUAAAGUUAUUAACAUCAUGGAGCGGUGCAUCAAAGCUAUCCUCUCCAUAGUCCCGUUUAAAACUUUUCUUUUGAAUCGAGACUGUGUAAAAGAACAUAAACUCUACCAAACAGUGCUUUCCAUCAUUGUUGAACCAUUAGCAAACGAGCUCACAACAGAUGCUGUAAAAACCAUAUCUACCAAUUUAAUAAAAGUCGGUGUACUGUAUGAUACUGUGUACAAUCGGUUGCACACCGGUCAGUGGAAUGCGGUGGCCACGAGCGAAAGGGAAAUGUUCACCAUCCUAACAUAUGUCCGAAUCGUGUACACCUUAUAUGCAUCAAAUAGUUACGAAGAUGCAAUAAAAGAUAGCAUAUAUUUGGCAGAUCUGGGAUUGAUGCUUGGAUGUCCGAUCGGGAUAGAGUGCAAGAACGUCGCAACAGAUUUGCUAACCGAAACGGCAUCGAUACUUACGAUAGAAUUAGCAAACUCAGCUAAGCAGGAACCACCCGUCAAACGGAUUAAGCUGGACGACAUUACAGCGGAAAUUAAUCUAACGGAAAACAAAUCCAACGACGUUCCAAUAAUGGAGUGUCCAUCGUUAGAAUGUUUUGGAACCCGAUGCUACGAUACAAAGCAACCGGCCGUUCUGAAGGGAAUAAUCGAUGGCUGGCCGGCAAUGGAACGGUGGCACGAUUCAAACUAUCUGCUAAAAGUGGCCGGCGAACGAACCGUCCCAAUCGAGAUUGGUUCACAGUACAGCAGUGAUGAUUGGUCUCAAAAGCUAAUGAAGUUUCGGGACUUCCUUGAGCAAAGCAUCUGCUGCGAGCCGUCCGAAUCGGCGGGAAAGCAACCACCGGCCUACCUAGCGCAACAUGAUUUGUUUGAUCAAAUUCCUGUCCUUCGAGCGGACAUUGCCAUUCCCGACUACAUUGGCCGAACGGAUGCACAGCCACGCAUAAAAGCAUGGCUCGGUCCAAAAGGCACUGUCUCGCCGCUCCAUACCGACCCGUGCCACAAUCUGCUGUGUCAGGUUUUCGGCGCUAAACUCAUCAUCCUCGCACGACCGGAAGACACGGAAAGGCUGUACCCACACGACCACUUCAUACUGAACAACACCUCGCAGGUGGAUGCACGCCGACCCGACUACGAUCGGUUUCCGCUGGUGCGGGACGUUCGGUUCUACCGGCUGACGUUGCGCCGGGGUGAGGUGCUUUACAUACCGCCAAAAUGGUGGCACUAUGUGGAAUCUCUGUCACCGAGCUUUUCUGUUAGCUUCUGGUUUGAAUGAUUCAUGUUGAUUGUAGCCACCUAGGUUUCUUGCUGCGACCCGAAAGUGGCCGAAAGCCGGCGUAAAUACUUAUCAAAUCACGCAUCCCAGUAUAAAACGGUGCGAGUGUGGUUGAAAGUGUCUCACAGACAAAUGAUGGAACGCAUCGGAAACGUUGCUUCGGGUGCGAUAUGACCACGAAGUCAACGCGUUAGGAACGGCAAGCACAUGCGCCUUGAUACAGCAUCCACACGAUGCGAGCUAUGGUUACAGUGCACCACCAAAAAUAUCGAUAUGUAAAUAUUAUUUUCCAUCUUAAAAAAGGGUUUCAAAUGAACACACGAUACCUAAA